GGGAUCUGCUCCUCGCCCAUAUAUCUCCGAAUCGGGGGAACAGUAACGACCAUUAUGGGACCUGCGCAUCCGACCAUGAUGGAGUAGAAGUAUGCCGGCUUGUUGAUAGAGGCCCAUUUCAUGUAACGCAGCGGCUGCUGGAAGAAGCGCGGGGAGGGGGGAAUGCCGGACAUGGUCGCUGUAUUGCUGUUGGUAUGUGAGCGCGUGUUUCGGAGUCGCUAGGCAAGUAUGCGCGUACGUAUAUAGUCCCUUAUCGUGCGUCGGUAUAUCCGGUAAUCAGCAGGCUCAAUGCCUCAGUCUGGUGUCGCAAUCGCAAGUUGUCGCCGCGGGUCUGCGUUCGUGAGGUCGCAGUCCGUAGCUCACUCACCUCCGCACUCCAAUCGGCGCGCAGCGAUUUUCCGGGACCGAUAGGCUUGGCAAAAGCAUACGUAUCUCCGUUACAGCUCUCCACACGCCGGCGCAACUCGACAAGUCCAAUCUUCGAUCAACCACAAGAUGAGGUGGUUACUUUCUUUUACCGUCGCCUUCGUUUGGUCGGUGGUGGUGCAGGCCAAGAGUUUCACUGGCAACCGCUUGCUGGUUGUGUUGGAGGAGCAGGCCGAGAGGGAGAAGUACAGUGUGUUCCUGGAGGACUUGACGUCCCGAGGAUACACCACAUCUGUCGAAUCACCCAAAGAGAGCAAGCUCUCAUUACUAAAGCACGGCGAACGAGCUUACGACCAUGUCCUCCUCCUACCCGGCAAGUCGAAAGGCCUCGGCCCUGCCCUCACAGCGAACAACCUCCUCGAGUUCAUGAAGAAGGAUGGAAACAUUCUAGUGGCCCUCUCGAGCGAAUACGCUAUCCCUACCGCCGUCCAGGCUAUGCUUCUCGAAGUCGACAUCAACAUCCCAGCGGACAAGGGCGCAUUGGUCGUUGACCACUUCAACUACGAUGCGUCAUCGGCGAAAGAAGAGCACGAUGUGUUGCUUCUUCCGUUCCCCAAGUCGCUCAGGCCAGACACCAAGAACUACUUCGCUGGCGAGGGGUACAUUGCCGUGCCACGCGCUGUCGGGCAGGCUCUUGGAAACGAAUCGCCGCUCACCUCGCCCAUCCUCCGCGCUCCUAGCACCGCCUACAGCUACAACCCCAAGGAUGAGGCUGACGGUGUCGAGGACCCCUUCGCGGUUGGCGAGCAGCUAAACGUCGUCUCUGCGAUGCAGGCGAACAACGCGGCGCGCCUGGCUGUUGUCGGCUCAGCCGAGAUGCUCCAGAACAAGUGGUUCGCUGAGAAGGCCAAGCUAGGGGACAAGGCUAUCACGACUGGUAACCGCGAGUUCGCGCAGAAGCUUUCUGAGUGGACCUUCAAGGAGACGGGCGUGCUGAAGAUUGGCAAACUCCUCCACUACCAGGAUGAGGGUGCUAGCAAGAAGUUGAACACCAGCGCUGCUGUUCCUGAGAAUAACCCUGGAAUCUACCGUAUCAAGACCGACGUCCACUUCCAAGUUGAGAUCUCCGAAUACACGAACGACCACCUUGCUCCCUUCGUCCCCUCGCCGAAGGAUAACAUCCAGCUUGAGUUCAGCAUGCUCUCGCCCUUCCAACGCCUGAACCUCUCCCCAAUCGCACAGACCGCGAACGCGACCAUCUUCGGUGUCGCAUUCAGGACACCCGAUCAGCACGGCAUUUUCAACUUCCGCGUCAACUACCGCCGCCCCUUUGUCACCAACAUCGAUGAGAAGAGGCAGGUUACCGUCAGGCACUUUGCGCACGACGAGUACCCGAGGAGUUUUGAGAUUAGCGGUGCGUGGGUCUGGAUUGGCGGUAUCUGGGUUACCGUUUUGGGUUGGUUGGCAUUCGUGGCCGUUUGGCUGUACAGUGCACCCAGCGAGAAGAGCACAAAGAAGACGCAGUAAAUGGACUACAGAGUCUUGGAUGUGGGAAUUAGGACCGGCUAUGUGUAUGUAAACAAAAUACUCCAUCGGCGAUGCGCGGUAUGUAUAUUAUGGAUAAAGGGCAAGAAUGACCCAAAAUUUUGUUGCGAAUGGAAUACCAAAGAAUACCACAAUCUGUCUCAGAUCUACCGUUUUCGUUCCCUACGUUAUCCUCGAGAACUU